GCGUGGUCCUUUUCCACAUCCGCGAAAAGUGCGUGUGAGACAUUCUGGAAUUUCACCAUCGAUAGUAUCGAGCCCCUCAUCCUAUUUGCGGGAGACAAGAACUGUCUUCUGUUGUUCAUUUAACACAAAUUGGCGCCUUUUCUCUAACUGCUCAAGUUUAAAACAGUAGCGCAAAACUUGAAAUAUACCAGCGUAAACAUGUCCGUGUGGGACGAUUUGGAUUUGCUGUUGGACUCUCCAUCCUCACUGAAUGUGACAUCCAACGCAAGGGGGACUGUGAAGGACAAGGCCAAUUUUAAAGUGGAAGAGGAUGUGGCUGCUCUAAGGAAGGCAAUAGAGGGCAUCGGCACAACAGAAAAGACGCUCGUUGAGGUUCUGACCCAAAGGAGUAACGCUCAGCGGCAGCUCAUCGCUACGGCCUACCACAAAGCCACGGGAAGGGUGAGUGUGAAGUACGGUGACAAAGAUGGCGAGCGAGGUCAAGUCGAUUUUGUCCCCAAUCAGACAUUAAUCGCUGACCUGGAGGGUGACACUCAUGGAUAUUUUGAGGAUUUGUUGGUGGCCUUAGUGAAACCUCCUGCCGUCUACGACUGCCACGAAGUCAUUAAAGCCAUCAAGGGCGCAGGGACCACCGAGAGCACCCUGACGGAACUCUUUGCCUCCAGAUCCAACAGACAGAUCAAAGCCAUGUCGGAAGUUUAUCUGACAGCGGUUCACGGUGCAAUGUGCGUCGCAGAAACGGGAAAAAUGCUGAUUCACGACCUCAAAUCGGAGGUCUCUGGAGAUUACGGCAAAGCGCUGCUCAUCUUGGCAGAGGGGAAGAGAGACGAGAGCCCCUAUGUUGACGCGGCCAAAGCCAAAGCGGAUGCCAAAGCUUUGUAUGAAGCGGGAGAGAAGAAAUGGGGAACUGACGAGGGAAGGUUCAUCGACAUCCUGUGCCACAGGAGUGUUCCUCAGCUCAGACAGACUCUGGUGGAGUACAAGAGCAUAAGCAAGAGGACCCUGCAGGAGAGCAUCGAGAGCGAAAUGUCCGGAAACCUGGAAGAGCUUCUGGUGGCUGUUGUCAAAUGUGUUAAGAACGUCCCGGCGUACCUCGCAGAAAGGCUUUUCAAGAGCAUGAAGGGUUUAGGAACCACAGAGUCCACACUGACCCGGAUACUGGUAAGUCGCUCCGAAAUGGACUUGCUGGACAUUAGGGCGGAGUUCAAGAAGCUGUUCGGAUAUUCACUCUACUCCAUGCUGGAGUCUGAAGUAUCAGGCAGCUACGGUGACGCCCUGAAACAUCUUUGUGGUCAAGACUAACUCCCAAAUUCCUGCAACGACAGACAAACUGCUGGAAUUUGAAAAGGGGCUUUUCCCAUAGGCGGAGUCGUGGAAAAGGAACGCACGUGCUUUUCAAAGCGCAAUUAUUGAAAUGAAUUUCAUUGAUCAUCUCUGUCUUUUUGUUCAGGACAGUCAAAUUAAAGACAUUUGCAGUAUGUGCACUUUUA